AUGUCAUUAGUUCGAGUGAAAUCUCAAUUCUGUAAUGGGAUAUCUCAAUAUGGUCGAUGUUCUACAAAUAGUGCAUGUGCUUGUUACCAUAUAGCAGGAGCUACUGAUAUUGGCAUUUGUGCCGAUGAAGUCGUCAACUGUUCUGAGCUAGUUGCAUGCGAACAUUCAAGCAACCUUUGCUACGAUCGUAACCAUAGAUGUGUUCAUCAUCCUCAAUGUCAUAAUCUUCCAGUUUGUUAUCCGGUGCCGAGUUUCAAUCGACAACUUUGUCCACCAAUACCAACAAUGAAUAAUACAACUAUAAGUACGAUUCCAAUUACAACUGCAACAACAACUACAACAACUACAACUGCUACCCAACAACUAGGUAAGCAUUAG